AGCCAGUGCCGUGACGUAUUCAACGUGCGACCGCUUGCAUGAAAUCGACACAAUCAGUCGUGAUGUAUUUCGCUGGUCGUCCAGGAAAAGAGAGGAUACACGAAAAUUAUGUGGUCCAGGUAUCGGCUCAUUUGGUACGUCUAGCCGGUCGGCUGAGAAGGUAAAGAAUGGCAAAAUAGAAGGCAAUGGUCAGGUGUCUUGUUUUCCUUCCUCGGACCCAACUGAAGGCACUCAAAUGGGGAGCCAUACCCUGGAGACCAUGACCUAUUCGAGUCAUUCACACAAACGCUGGAAGCUCUCAGCCGUCCAAUCAAACACAAGGCUAGAGCUAUUAGUCCCUCACUCACUCAAGAGCAGGGAAAAGCACAAACUUCAAAUGGAGCCUUCCAUUGUCUCUGCUCCAUUCCUCCCUCGUGUAGCUAUUAGCAACCAUGGGCUUGAACCUGACUCUGAGUGCAUUGCUCCCACAGACAACACUCAAGUAAAUCUGAGAUCAGAUCUAAAGCAGAUCUCUGUGUCUCAUACCUGCUCUGACCUGCACCUGAGUCAGUCCCCCUCCAUGCACUCCCCUUGCCCUCCCUCCACAGUGCACAUCAAUAGACAGCCCUUGCCAGUCACACACGCCUCUUACCUCUGCUGCAGCCCUGUAGCACAGGUCCACGACCCAUCCCUAACCACAACCGCAGCCCCCAUUAGAUCCACAAACCAUAGACGACACCGGAAAAGAGGCAUAAAGAACAACAGAAAAGGAGUCUCUCCUGUCUCCAUGCGACUCAAGAGGCAGUCGCGGCGCCGGUGUAACAUCCAGUUCUGGUGGCAAGUGUGGAGGAAGUGGGGACACAGAAAGUGGUGGAGAGCCAGGUGUCUCCUCUGGUUCUCCACGAUCAGAGCUAAAAGACUGGCGGAAACCAGGAGGCGCCUGUCUAUUUUCAACACACAGAUGUCUUAUACAUACACUGGGGAAUUGGAGGAAAGUCAGAAAUGGCAGAAGAUACGCAAGGGAAAAGAAGUGGUCACUAUGGCCAUUGCAUGUGAUGGUCAAGGCCUGGACAGUGCAGAGGACAGCCAGGAAAAGGGGAGUUUGGAACAGAAGGCGUGUCCGUCUGUGGGCACAUCAGUGCUGUGUAGCAACCCUGUCAAGGAGGAGGACCAGGGCACAGUCAGAGCUAGGGAUACGGCCACCGCCACUAAACAGGACACGUUGGUGACAAAGCGAGCAGUGCCGUAUCCACCUCAGAGCCAGCGGGCGUCCACGGACUUCAGCUGGGAAGCAACAACGACGCUCAUCCAUGAGUUCCUUGACUGCUUCCAUGUGAAGUACGGAAGUUUCAUCCCAUUGAGCAAUAACGAUGUACUGAGGCACCUUAACAAGAAGCUGAACACUGACCUUACUAAGGGGAAGUAUUUAAUCUCUGUGGUAGUAAUGAAGUACCAGGCUGUCCUAGCGCAUAGAAUGAUGCCCGCUUUCCGGGUGGUCUACAACAAGCACACUCUGACACUGGAAGACUUGUCUACGCUGGACGAUCAGAACUGGCUCAAUGACCAGGUCAUGAAUAUGUAUGGAGAAUUAAUCAUGGAGUCUGCACAACACAAGGUCCAUUUCUUUAACAGCUUCUUCCACCGACAGCUCAUGACCAAAGGAUAUGAAGGGGUGAAGAGGUGGACCAGGAAGGUGGAUCUCUUCUCCAAGGCGCUGCUGCUGGUACCCAUCCACCUUGAGAUCCACUGGUGCCUGGUGACGGCCGACACCGCCAGCAAGAGGAUCCAUCUCUACGACUCCCAGGGCAUCGUGUUCAAGGAGGCUGCUGAGAAUGUUUUGAGGUACAUACAUACUGAAGCGAAGGAGAGGAAGCAAACUGCAUUUCAAAAUGGCUGGAAGAUGUAUAUCAACGAGAGAAUACCACAACAGACAAAUGAAAACGACUGUGGAGUUUUUGUGUUAGAGUACUGCAGGUGCCUUGCCUUGGGGAAACCGCUGCAAUUCUCCCAAGGGGACAUGCCGACUGUGCGAAAGAGAAUCUACAGAGAGCUCUGUGAAUGCAAGCUCCAGGACUGACAAAAUUGACCUUUCACCUUUUCACCUUCCUCACUCACCUCACCUGGGUCAUACUAAUUAGGGCACACUAUAGAAAAAUGUUUUGCAAUGGUAAAAAAAAAAAAGUAGAUAUUGCCAAGAAUCCUUGAGC